GUGACUUUUACAAAGAGGAAAUUUGGGUUAAUGAAGAAGGCUUAUGAGCUGAGUGUUCUGUGUGACUGUGAGAUUGCUCUCAUCAUCUUCAACAGCACCAACAAACUGUUCCAGUAUGCCAGCACUGAUAUGGACAAAGUGUUGCUGAAGUAUACAGAGUACAAUGAGCCACAUGAGAGUCGAACGAAUUCAGAUAUUGUUGAGACGUUGAGAAAGAAGGGACUUAAUGGCUGUGACAGUCCAGACCCUGAUGCAGACGAUUCAGUAGGUCACAGCCCUGAGUCUGAGGAAAAGUACAGGAAAAUUAAUGAAGAUAUUGAUCUAAUGAUCAGCAGGCAAAGAUUAUGUGCUGUUCCACCACCAAAUUUUGAGAUGCCAGUUUCUAUCCCAGUGUCCAACCACAACAGUUUGGUAUAUAGUAACCCAGUCAGCUCACUGGGAAACCCCAACCUUUUGCCACUAGCUCAUCCUUCUUUGCAAAGAAAUAGCAUGUCUCCUGGAGUGACACAUCGGCCUCCGAGUGCAGGUAACACAGGUGGCCUGAUGAGUGGGGACCUCACAACCGGUGCAGGCACCAGUGCAGGAAAUGGAUAUGGCAAUCCCCGCAACUCACCAGGUCUGCUGGUCUCACCUGGCAACUUGAACAAGAAUAUGCAAGCAAAAUCUCCGCCUCCAAUGAAUUUGGGAAUGAACAACCGUAAACCAGAUCUCCGUGUGCUUAUUCCACCUGGCAGCAAGAACACCAUGCCAUCAGUGUCCGAGGAUGUUGAUCUGCUUCUGAAUCAAAGGAUAAAUAACUCCCAGUCUGCUCAGUCAUUGGCUACUCCAGUGGUUUCCGUAGCAACUCCUACUCUACCAGGGCAAGGGAUGGGAGGAUACCCAUCAGCCAUCUCAACAACAUAUGGUACUGAAUAUUCUCUGAAUAGUGCAGAUAUAUCAUCUCUCUCUGGGUUUAAUACAGCCAGUGCUCUUCAUCUUGGUUCUGUGACUGGCUGGCAACAGCAACACCUACAUAACAUGCCACCAUCUGCCCUCAGUCAGUUGGGAGCUUGCACUAGCACUCAUUUAUCUCAGAGUACAAAUCUCUCCCUGCCUUCUACUCAAAGCCUCAACAUCAAGUCAGAACCUGUUUCUCCUCCUAGAGAUCGUACCACCACACCCUCGAGAUACCCACAGCACACGCGCCAUGAGGCGGGGAGAUCUCCUGUUGACAGUUUGAGCAGCUGUAGCAGUUCCUAUGAUGGAAGUGACCGAGAAGAUCACCGGAAUGAAUUCCACUCCCCCAUUGGACUCACCAGACCUUCGCCGGACGAAAGGGAAAGCCCCUCUGUCAAGCGCAUGCGGCUCUCUGAAGGAUGGGCAACAUGAUAACAUUAUUACCUGUUAGUUGUUUUUUUUUCUUGCAGUGUGUGUGUGCUAUACCUUAAUAGGGGAGGGGGGGUCGAUAUGCAUUAUAUGUGCCGUGUGUGGAAAAAAAAAGUCAGGUACUCUGUUUUGUAAAAGUACUUUUAAAUUGCCUCAGUGAUGCAGUAUAAGGAUAAACAGAAAUGCUGAGAUAAGCUUAGCACUUGAGUUGUACAACAGAACACUUGUACAAAAUAGAUUUUAAGGCUUCUUUUCACUGUUGUGCUCCCUUGCAAAAUGUAUGUUACAAUAGAUAGUGUCAUGUUGCAGGUUCAACGUUAUUUACAUGUAAAUAGACAAAAGGAAAACAUUUGCCAGAAAUGGCAGAUCUUUACUGAGAUAUAUUACUGCAACAUAUAGAAAAUGUACAGAUGUUUUGACAGACCCAGCAGUUGGGUGGCCGUGAGUUGAUGCUAGAAAGACACUGAGUCACCCAACAUACUGAAAAUGCUCACAAACAUGCAGGUAUAUCAUUAGAGUAUGGCACUCAGUUAGAAAGGAUCAAAACAUUUAAAGAGUACCAUACUUGUAAAAAUAAUGACUUUGAGGGCUGAUAUAUUUAAUUUUUAAAAUUCUGGGUCUGCAUCACUUAUUAAAUAAAAAAUGGUAUAAAAAUAUGUACAAUACAUUUUGCUUAUUU